AUGGACAGGAACGUGCGUCCAACCCCGAACGAGGCGGACCGUGUAAACGGUAGAGACACAGUAGACUUGUCCGAUCACUUCCACUCGCUGCCCGUGGGGAAAAGAGAGAAAUUUCUCAACUUUAUGAGAACAACCAAAAAUGAAUACAUUCCGAACAUCACGUCUACAAUUUCCCAGAGGACUUUUAAUGGACUACGGAGUUCAACAGGUACAAUGAGAGACAAUUCUCACCCGAGUGAGCAGGUCCGUUUCCCACAGAAUAUGGAAUUUGAAUGGUUUCCAGCAUAUACCACAGAGAAGUACGACCAUUUUGAAACUUUAUUCCGCUUGAAGAUUUCAACACCGGGGAACAUGUACAGUAGAAAGAAUCGACUCCUCAUAUCAAUGAGUAAACAGUACCUGAAAAAGGGGAACAGUUUUACCAACGACAACAGUGUUAAUUCUGGCCCCCUCGCAUCUAACGACCUGUUUGGAGGUCCACCUGCGUUGCAUAAUUCACCCUCUUCGAGUAUAUCUUCCAGCUCUGCUUUUGACACCUCUUCGAGUCCACCACCGUUUGAACAUGAGUACAUGGAGGGCAUCCCCAAUGGUGACAAUGAAGUAGAAACAAUGAAGGAGAGGAUGAUAGGUUUCUUCAAAAAACACGUUGAGGGGGUCCCCCUGGUUAUCGACCUUCAAAGUGGAAAGGACUCCACGGACAUUAAAACGUUCCAUGAAACGUCAGAUGCUCGCGGGAACGUCGAAGUCAAAUUGAAGACAGAGUUCCGGCCCGCGACUGUCACCGUUUCGCUAGAUCAUUCCAUGACGAAUUUCCCAAAUCACAUAAGUAAGACUUUUGAUUGUACCUUUGUGAAACCAGGUGGGGUGGGCGUUAUCAGCGAUAUCGACGAUACGAUCAAGCAUACGGGUGUGACAGGAGAUCGAAGAUCCAUGUUUCGAAACGUGUUUAUUAAUCCCAUGGAGUCAUGGGUGGUGGAUGGUAUUCCACUAUGGUACAAGACGUUGAAAGACACCUCGGAUGUUGACUUUUUUUACGUUUCUAACUCACCCUCGCAGCUCUUCCAGACUUUGCAAUCCUACCUCAGCAUGUACCUCCCGGAGGGCCCGCUUUUUUUGAAGCAAUACAACGGUAAUUUCUUAUCCAGUUUGAUGACGUCAAGUGCCAAUAGAAAGCUGGGAGUCAUCACAAGAAUACUGAGUGAUUUCCCUGAGAAAAAAUUUAUACUCGUUGGUGAUUCCGGUGAACAGGAUUUCGAGGCGUACAUUUCCACAGCGAUGAACUACCCUGAUCAAAUUAUCGGUGUGUACAUACGAUGUUCCAAAAAUUCAAUGAGUGACCUGGGGCUUGGUGAAACGACCACUAUGAUUGACUUAAACAAUUUAAUCAAAAGGGAAUAUGUGGAACCUGUCAACGGUGAUAUGAAGCCAAUUGGGCCUCCUCGUGUACCUGCAAAGAGAGUGGAAUUGACAGAGAGCCAGGCCGAAUCUAUAAGGGCAUCUAAAAUACCGUCUAGAUCCAGCCACAAAUCUCCCUCUCCGUCAGCUUCUUCAAACGCUCCAUCUUCGUCGUCGUCACCAACCUCCACAAUUGGAUCCUUCCCCCUGUCGUUAUCGCCUAAGGAAUCAUUUGAUUCCCUCGUGAACCAGCUUCAUCAGCUACCUACGAGAACCAAGAAGCUGACGAGAAUACCACCACCCCCGCUUCUUCCACCCCGCAGGAAAGCGGCAUCCGUUGGUAAUCAAGUGCCUGGGGAUGAAAUGCCUGGGGAUCAGUUAUCUGUGAAUCGAAAAGCUGGGGAUCAAAUAGCAACGGAUCAAGGCGCGCGGCCACCACCAGAUGACGGUUACUUCAUGCCCUCAUCACAAAAUGACUACGAUACUUAUAACGGCAAUUUUGAUAAAAGGGCAGACGCAUGGAGUAAAAGGGUGAGUAGUGGGAUCAGUCAGCUUUCAGAGAUCCGAAAGUACGACAUGUCAUUAAUGUUUUUUGAUGACCCAUCUUUAGCUUUAGAAGAUAGUUUCAAACGGAUACAGUCCGUUACGAACAAGUAA